CGGGGCCGGCGGCGCUCAGAGCCGGAUCGGCAGCUGCCCGGGGGCAAGUGGUGCAGAGCCGGCGCGCCGUCCUUUCUCCGGAGGCUUUGGUGGGACAGCGGCAGCAGCAUGACUUCGGCGGCGCUGGAGAUUUUGGGACUGGGGCUGGGCAUCCUGGGCUGGGUGGGAGUGAUCCUGGCCUGCGGGCUGCCCAUGUGGCAGGUGUCGGCCUUCAUCGACGUGAACAUCGUGGUGGCGCAGACCAUCUGGGAAGGGCUGUGGAUGAACUGCGUGGUGCAGAGCACGGGGCAGAUGCAGUGCAAGGUGUACGACUCCAUCCUGGCGCUGCCGCCCGAGGUGCAGGCGGGCCGGGCGCUCACCGUCAUCGUGGCGCUGCUGGGGCUGGUGGCCCUGAUGGUGACCGUGGUGGGCGCGCAGUGCACCAACUGCAUCCGGCCCGGCAAGAUGAAGUCCCGCAUCGUGAUCGCCGGCGGGGCCAUCUACAUCCUCUGCGGGGUCCUGGUCCUCGUCCCGCUCUGCUGGUUCGCCAACAUCGUCAUCAGCGACUUCUACGACCCCACCGUGCCGCCGUCCCAGAAGCGGGAGAUGGGGGCCGCGCUCUACAUCGGCUGGGCGGCCACGGCCCUGCUGCUCUUCGGGGGCUGCCUCAUCUGCUGCUGCUCCUGCUCCCAGCGCGACGAGACCUCCUUUCCCGUCAAGUACUCGGCGCCGCGGCGGCCCACCUCCAACGGCGAGUACGAUAAGAAGAACUACGUCUGAGCGGGGCCGCCCCGCUCCCCCGGCCCUGCGGGGACACGGACAGACGGCUGCGAGCCGGCGCUGCCGCGCUCCGCCGGCCGGCACUCGGCACCGCGCCGGGAACGUCUGCGGUGAGCUCCGGCGCUCCCCUGCCUAGAGUCUCUUCUUAACGGGGACCCCCGUAAAGCGGCAGCCCUAGGCAGGGCAGCGCCCCGCCGCCCGCCAGCCCGGCUCCCCGGCGGGUCUGGCCGCUCCGCUGCGGGCAGCGCCGCGCUCGGCGCCGCCGGAGACCCGGUACUCACCGCCCGCGGUUCCGCGGCGAGCAAAAACCUCCGCGGCCGCACAGCGCAGCCGAACCAGCGUCUCCCCGGCCCGGGGCAGCGGCGGGGGGGGAGCGGGGGGGAGAACGGAGGAGCCCGGGCGAGCCGCGGCGGCGUCUGCCGGGACGCCCCGUCCGGGCUCCGCCGCCGCCGCCGCCGCCUGCCCGCCCGGUUCCCGGCCCUUCCCCGGUGUUACCCUGAGAGACUUGUGAGUACUUUCGCGCCCGCUCUUGCUGCUGGUGCCUCUCGGGGCACCGCCUGGCUGGUGGGACCGGGCCGUCGGGUGUGCACUGUCGCCGAGGAGAAGCUUCCCUUCUUUUCUCUCCUGAGAACGUGGAUCUGGCUGUUCCCGCUGGGACUUUCACCGGUUAGGGGUUUUUUAUUCUAUUCGGGCAACUAAACUAGGGAUUCUGUCUAAAGCAUGAUACUAACCUUGGUCCUUAAUCCCACAGGCAAGUAACUGUUUGGAGAAGGGUAUUUGAUUGUCUUGAUAAGCGCAUUCGUCUGUGUGUCUGAGACCUCUGAAAGGUAUUUCAGGUAGUUGCAGUUGUUCAGUGGAGUACAAACCAGAUUACACUAGGUGGCCCCUUGAGGUUCUUCAUCCCUUCUCCUUCAUCAGCUUCUAUUCUGUUUUUACUUGAAUAUGAACUCAUUGCCAGAAUUACUGGAGGACUAGAUUCAAAGAUUGCCAUCUUUGUAUGUCUGGCUCCAGCGGGGCCUCCUCUGCAUCCUCUCAUCUGCACUACAGGAGACUGGAAACACACAAAUUGCCUCAGAUGUUGAUGGUUGGCGGUAUGGAUGGCUUUCAUGGCCUUCUUGCCAAGCCCCGCUUGCUGCCAGUUUUGAAUUGUGUGUUCAGUUGGAUGUGCACUGGGUUGGCUCCUCACCAUAAUUUUGUUAACAUGUGCUUUCCUUCAUUUACCAAAUUGGGCAAAGAAAUCGCUAGAAGAGUUUUACCAAAUAUCUUGACUGAGACUUUAUGCAGGCUAAUCAGGAGAUCUGCAGUCAUGGCUCUCACAGCUCUCAGCUCCUCCAUAUUGCGCUGGUAACACUGCGCAGACUGGAAGGAAGAUGCUCUGGGUAACAUAACUCUCAUUUUCUGAGCUUGACACCUGCUAAAUAAACUUUGCCACAGCCUGGAAUAUUAGCAUACACCUUUCCAUUCUACACUGCAGAGACAAACUUUUUUAAAAGGAGGGGUUAAGGGGUGGUGCGAUACUUUUCCACGAGAAUUGCUUGUACUUUUAAAUCAACACAGAAUUCUGCUACAGACCGUGGCAGCAUCUGUAUUGCCAUAAGAUUUCUGCCAAGAGUUAGCGAGGAAAUGUGCUGUUUAUAUUCCUCAAAGCACAGCGCUACAACCUCAUGGGUGCCUCACAACCACAUAGCAAUACAGUGCACACCUAACCUGAGCAUUAACUCUUACAACUUUCUGAUAACGCCGAGACUUAUGGACUAAGCACAACUGGGUUUGUGACAGAUUUACAUCGACUGUGUUCUUGCCUUGCUUAGCAAACUUAAAACCCCGGUGGUAUCAAUACGUACACAGACCUGAAUAAGAGACUAAAGCCUUGCCUCUGCAAAUUUUGAUGUUGAAUAUUGAGCAUGAUUCACCCUUUUAAAGAUAAUUGCUUUUAUUUUUAAACAUAUAAAUUGCAGGGUCUGAGCCCAUCAGAGAAUACAAAAGCAGAGCAAUAUGUCUAGAACUAGUGUUGUUCUAUAAAGAGGUGCAGUUCUUAUACUGUCUGCAUUUAAAUAAAAGCUAUAAUAUUGUUGUUAUGAUGUGAUAUGUAGUUUUGGUACAAGAAUGAAAUAUUCCGUAUUUCAUCAUUGCAACUUUUUUUUUAAACAGUGUAACCUUGUAAACUGUAAAUGUAUUUAAAUGCAUAUAUUUUGCAAGAAAUCUACCAAAGUUGGCUUGUUAUGUGGUUUGGUGCCUUUAUUUGUUUCAUGGUUACUUUCUUUUAGAUGAUAAUGUCCAACUGUUUGUCACCCAGCCCAUAGACACACUACACCCUCACUCAGCUCUCUUGUGUCUAGCAAACGAGUCAACAAAUAUUAGCCCAAAUCCUGGACCUCGCUCUCUCUUGUCUCAAAUUCAAGAACUAAAAAACAACCCCCACCAACAGACAUGCCUGCAUGUGUAUCUGUACUGUAGAGCCUUCAGAAGUGCUGCGGGAUUUGGGCUCUGACCAAAAGAUGAAAUCUUUCUGGGCAGUGCAUCACUAGCAUUUAAAAUCAAAUCAAAACGGGUGUCUUGGGGAGAGGGAGGGAAACGCACAUCUGAGAAGGGAAAUUUUUUAACAAGCCAAAUUUCUUGAUAUGUAGCUUUGUGUCACAGCAGGGCUGGAUCCUCUUAUAACCAAAAUCUGAAACAAUUAUACAACAAGACCUCUUGGAAGAAGCCAGCGCUAACUGUGUAUGUACUAGUAAACACAGCAUCAUCCUACUGAAAAGAUAACUCACUGCUGGUGUAACCAGGUUUUGCUGAGGUCAGUGGGGCAGCGCCCAACAAUACUAGCAGGAAGUAGGGCCCAUUUUAAAAAAUAUUUUCAUAUUUAAUCUCAUCCUUCGGUAUACUUACUUGUUGCUGUGCUUUAAAAAAAUAACCCGAGAGAAUGCUGUUAUUGACGUCACUGGCUUCAGGGUAAAAGUCUUACUUGGUUUUUGCUAUGUUUUGUUUUCCAAGAGCAAAGACCUAGUCCUGAACUUUAAGACUUGGAAGUGCUCAGGAUCAGGCCUGAACCUCAUCCCAAUGAAAAAAGAAAUCUAUAGCACUUGUUUACUAUUUUUAUUUUGUAUUUAUGAUUUCACAUAAAAAUAAAAACAUCUAAACCAA